UACCCAGCGUGUGAGCACUCAGACCAGAGACUGAGGGGACAGAGAGAGAGAGGGGAAUGGCCUCUGACCGGGACAGUUACGCUAACUGGUGCGAGCCCUCCUCCCUGAAGCGGGGUGACUUGCUGGAGGUAUCCCGCACUCUCUUCACGCACUAUGGGAUUUAUCUGGGAGGAGAGAAGGUGGCUCACCUGAUGCCCGACAUCCUGCCCUUGUUAACCGAUGACCAGAAGCUGAUCCGGGAGGUGGUGACCAACCAGCGCCUGGUCCUGGGCGUUAUCUGCAGGAUGGCGAGUAUCCGGGUGGACUCGGUGGAGGAUUUUGCUUAUGGAGCCUGUGUCCUAGUGAACCAUAUGGACUCAGUGUGCAAGAAGCCCGUGCUUCCCGGGGAAGAGGUGGCGAGGAGAGCAGAGAAACUGGUGGGAAGCACAGAGUACAGCCUGCUGUGGAACAACUGUGAACAUUUUGUCACUCACUGUAGAUACGGCACUGCAGUCAGCAUCCAGACCGACAAGUUUUGUGAAGCAGUGAAGACUAUAAUUCGGGACCAGAGGAGUGUUUUUGUCACCGCUGCUUUAGGACUGGCUGGAAUUUUCUGGCUGGGUUUUGGGCCCUCCACCACUCUCCCUACAGUCCUCAUACCAUUCUUUCUAUGGAUGGCUGGCUAAUUUAUGCAGUGACUUCCAAAGCAAUGUAAAUAUGUGUUAUAGCAGUCAAAUUAUGUACAAAGAAAAGCAAUAUGAUUUAUAAAUAUUCACCCAUUUCAGUAAAAAUUAAUUUGUCCCUGUAGCUCCAUUAUUACAGAAAAUAAAAUUGUAUUUGGCUUACUGUCUAACCUUGAUUAGAAAUUUUUGUACU